AGAAAAACAAGUUGGACCCGCCGUGAAUCCCCUCCCCCCUCACCCGCGACACCUCCGGGAGCCCAAACCCUAGCGCGGCGGCGGCCAUGGCGUCCGCGGCGGGCGGCGCGCCGAAGCGCUGCUACUACGAGGUCCUGGGCCUCCCCCGCGACUGCUCCCCCACCGAUAUCAAGCUCGCCUUCCGCCGCCUCGCGCUCUCCCUCCACCCCGACAAGCAGGGCCCCGGCGCCGACCUCGCCGCCGCCACCGCCGCCUUCCAGGAGCUCCAGCACGCGCACUCCGUCCUCUCCGACCCGCAGGAGCGUGCCUACUACGACUCCCACCGCUCCCAGAUCCUCUUCUCCGACGCCUCCGCCGCCGGCGCCAAAUCCGCCUCCCCCGUCCCGGACCUCUUCGCCUUCUUCUCCUCCUCCGCCUUCUCCGGCUUCUCCGACACCGGCCGCGGCUUCUACAAGGUCUACGGCGACGUCUUCGACAGGGUCUUCGCGCAGGAGCUCGCCUACGCGCGCCGGAUGGGGGUCCCCGAGCCCGCCGCGCCGCCCGUCAUCGGGAACCUCGAUUCCCCCUACACGCAGGUCACCGCCUUCUACAAUUACUGGCUGGGCUUUGGCUCGGUCAUGGAUUUCGGGUGGGCGGCCGAGUGGGACGCCGCGCGCGGGGAGAACCGCCGCGUCCGGAGGCUCAUGGAGGAGGACAACAAGAAGGCGAUGCGCAAGGCGCGCCGGGAGUACAAUGACGCCGUCAGGGGCCUCGCUGCGUUCUGCAAGAAGAGGGACAAGAGGGUGGUGGACAUGGCGCUGAAGAAGAAAGCAGAGGAGGAGAAGAGGAAGGCUGAGGAGAAGGAGAGGAAAAAGGAGGAGGAGAAGAGGAAGAAGGAGCGGGCCAUGGCAUAUCAGGAGCCUGAUUGGGCGAGGGUGGAGGAAGAGGAAGGGUUGUAUGAUGACGAGGAGGAAGAGGAGAUGAAGGCCAAGAGGAAGGAGGAGCUGUACUGUGUGGCGUGUAAUAAGAAGUUCAAAUCGGAUAAGCAGUGGAAGAACCACGAGCAGUCGAAGAAGCAUAGGGAUAAGAUCGCAGAGCUGAGGAUGGCGUUUAAGGAGGAGGAGGGAUCUUUGAAGGAGGCAGAGGAGGAGGGGGAAGGUGAUUUGGAUGAAGUUGAUGUGGGGUUUGAUUUUAAGCCUAUGCAGGAGUCGGAUGAUGAGAGUGCAUUUUCAGAUGCCGCAGAAGAGUUGGCUGAAGACUUGGAGGAAGGCUUGGAGGUGCGUGAUAAAGAGGAUGGUGAUAAGGUUUUUGAUAGUGCAGAGCAGGAGGUUGGUUCUUAUGAUGAGGCGAGUGUUUUGGAGGCUAUGCUGUCAAGCCGCAAGAACAGGAAGGGUGGUUAUGUGGCUCCUACAGAAAAAACUUCAUCAGGUGCUGCUGAGGAGGAGGAUGAUGAUGACAGAAGUUCUGAAGUUAAUAAUACUAAAAGGAAAGGACGCAGGAGACGGGCAGCGAAGAAGGAACAAGAUGAAGGUACUUAUGCUGAUAAUGAGAGGCAUGGUAAAAGUGAGGUUCAGCCUGAGGAAUCUGGCAAUGGUAAUGGUGCUGAUGAUAAGAUGGAAGGGCCAUCCUCUUCUAAUGAAGGCAGUGCUUCAGCAAGCAAAGGAGAUGAGCAGAAUGGGAAAAAUAGCAAUCCUAAAAAGAACAAAAAGAACAAGAAAGGUGCAGAAAAGAAAACCACUGUUUCUGCUGACCAGAAGAGUACAUCAAAGGCUGAACAGAAGAGUAAGGGGAAGAAGCAAAAGGAGGUCUCAAAAGCACCUAGUAAUGAUUGUGAAACCUGUGGAGGAACUUUCGAAUCAAGGAACAAGCUGUUCUCUCACUUGGAAGAAACAGGCCAUGCGAUGCUGAAGACGCGGCAGAAAAAUCGUUGAUGAGGGAAUUUAGUUAAACUCUCGAACAUUUUGUCACUUGUUGAUUCUGCUAACUAGCACAUAACAGCAUGAUUCUCUUAUUUAUGGCCCAAUUUUGAUCUGUAGUGGACCGGAAUUUUCCUUGCCGUCUGUGGUGGGGAGAUGUUUUAGUUACAAUGCCUUUGUGGUACAGAGCUAGAAAGGAAAGUUUGAUGAUUAUAAUAACAUUAUCUGAGCGGAUUUAUGCCAUUAUCCGUCACACUUUGCUCCUAGUAUUGAGCUUAUAUUGCGAAUCUUA